AGAGAGCACUGUAGAGUCAUCAGUCCGAAAGGACUGAAACAUCGAGUCGAGCUUCACACACCUGUAUCGUGAAGACUAGCGAGUCAUGUCAGGUACGGUAGACUCGUCCACGGUCCUCUUCGACGUCCCGCCGGUGCUCAUGGGCUCUUUCUGUAGGCUGAUGGACAGCGGGGGCGACGCUCUGGGAUGGAGAGCUUUAGCUGCUCACAUCCUUCCCAGUCAGCUGGAAGUGAGAUGCGUGGAAAUGUACGUGGCUGCCGGGAAAAGUCCAACCCAAGAGCUCAUGUGGAGGUGGGCCCAGCAGAAUAAAACCGUCGGAGAUCUGCUGAAGGUUCUGGAUGAGAUGGGUCACGCUCGAGCCAGGAGUCUUUUCCAGUCGCAAGAUUCCUGCAAGCUGAAGUCGUUAUCCCCACCUCUCUUUGCCAAGUAUCUGCAAAACACUGAGGAAUCCGAUCAAUUCUCUCCUCUUAAUGCAGAGUCUGUGUCUGUUGAAGGUGAAAAACAGAAGUAUUUCUUCACAUAUUCUGACAUCAUAGAGGGAACAAGACAUUUCCACCAGGACUUAAAAAUCGGAGCAAGUGCCUUUGCCGAGGUCUACUGCGGAAAACGGGGAAACAGGUCUUUUGCUGUGAAAGUUUUUAAACAGGAAAACAAAGCUAACUGGAAGGCCUUGUGGGCAAAAUUUACCAAAGAAAUCGAAGUUCUGCAACUCUACCAACAUCCUAAUAUCUUGGAGUUAUGGGGCAGCUUUUCAGAAGCAGAUCGCUUCUGUUUAGUUUAUCCGUACCUUCAUAACGGAUCGCUGUUCCACAGACUUCAUGAGGAAGUUCAGAGGCCUCUCUCAUGGCAGGAAAGGCUGAACAUCAUCAAAGGCACCUCAAAGGCAGUCCACCAUCUACACACUGCGCAACCGUGCAUGGUUAUUUGCGGAAACAUCACGAGUUCAAACAUACUCUUGGAUGAGCACCUGCAGCCCAAAUUAUCCGAUUUUGGAUUAGCUCGUCUCAGACCGCACUCAGUCGACCAGAGCUGCACUAUAGUCGUGGACACAGCCUCUCACAGCAACCUCGGCUAUCUCCCAGAGGAGUACAUUCGUGAUGGAAAGCUGUCGGUCAAACUCGAUGUGUACAGCCUCGGUGUGGUUAUAUUAGAGACAUGUACUGGACAGAAGGUGAAACAAGAGUCAGGAAAAGGCCUGUUUUUGAGAGAUGUGCUGCAUUCAGAGUUGGAGGAAAAAGGCUCAGUGGAUGCCUGUCUGCGGCUUUUAGAUGGCAAAGUGGAGCGCUGGCCUGCUGCGGUGGCUCUUUGUCUGCUCCGAAUGGCAUUAGAGUGCACAGGCAGCAAAAUGCGAGUCAGGCCGAGCAUGGAAACGGUGCUUCAGACAUUAAGCCAAUUUCUUCCCAUGCCCUCAUCGCCUGAGGACGAGCCGCACACUUUAGAUGAUACGGUCUCUCUUCAACAGCCAUACAGUGCCCACGGCCCUCAUCUAAGCCUCCCCAUUGAAGAUGAUGAAAUGCAUGUCCCAUUGGAGGAACCACAGCCUCACAGAGUUCCCAAUCCGGCAGAACCCUGCGAGUGCAGCCAGUCUGAGGUCACUUUUCCCGACUCGUCGAGUUCCCUCAGGGAUGACGGAGUGGUUUCAGCAUCACAAAGUUUGCAGUCGGACUCUGUGGCUCACCUGGACUUAUAUGGGAGCUGGCCUGUGGAGUGCAGCUGUAGCACUGGGACCGAAGCGCAGGGGUGCGAGGACUGCUGCGCGAAUGGCUUCAGUCAGUCGGUUUUAUAUGUGACUUUAGAUGACGAUGCCCAGCCCUCCCAGAAUGUCAUCGCAAAUCCAGCAAAAGAGAAAAUAAGGAAUAAAAUUCAUCUGUACAACCAGGGGUUAAUAAAAACAGAAGAACUUUUUUCGCUAAAGCCAGAGUGAUUUAGCAAUUGUGUACAUCUUCUCAGUAUGUGUGUGUAUAUAUAUAUAUAUAUAUAUAUAUAUAUAUAUAUA